AUGCAAGAAAAAAAUAUUGAAAAGAAUGAUUAUACUGUUGUACUCUUGGCUAUGAUAACUGGGCUAAUAGUUAUUAUUGUAUGUGCAGUAAUUAUGAUUGCAUACACUAUCAUUCAAAAUAGAAAUCUAAAGAAGCAACUCCUGGUCGCCAAUAAAACUUAAGAUAUAAAUGAAAUAACAAUAAAAGGCUAAGAAACAAAAAAUAUUUCCACAAUGAGCAAGAGUGACAAACACAAAAAAGGAGAGUAGCUGGAAGAGACCUAGAAGCUCAAUACUUUAGAAUAGAUUGAGUUUGCUGUAUAAGAUUUUAAUGAAACUUCUAAAGUAACUAUUUUAAGUGGAAUUUGUUUUGUAUGCUCAGUCACUCUGGCGGAAAAUGAUGAUGAAUUUGCCAAGAUUGCAGUUAAGAGACCUUUUGAUAGAUAUUUUAGUGUUCAUUUAGAUUGUAUUAAGGAUUUUAAUUCAAGACUAGAAAAGUAAGAGGACAAUAGUUUUAUAUUUGACAAUGAAAUAAAUGAAAAGCCAUAGAUUGAAGUAGAAGGGGAAACUUUAUCUGGCCGUAACAAAGACAACUUGUUGCAUGAAAGAUAAACAAAGAGAGAUUCUGAUGUCAGCAAAUAAUCUGCAAUUAUUCCUAAUUUGCAUUUGCUACCUAAAAUUCAUGCUACUAAUGCUGAAAAAAUCUAGCAAACAAAAAAUCAAGAAAAUCAGCCUAGAAGACACAGAUUCUUUGGGCAUCUUCAACCAAAUCAGAAUUAAGAGUAAAGUAGGUCAAUUCAAAGAUAAGCGAAUCCCAGAGGACCUUCAAACCUUUCAACACGAAAUAUGCUCAAUUUUAAGUUAAAAGCAUGA